CCGAAGAUCGUGACAAUGGCGGAAAACAUGGACGACGACGAGGGAACGAGCGUCGAGGUGUUCGUCUACGAUCUCUCAAGGGGCAUGGCUGCAGUUAUGUCACACAUGCUCAUAGGUCGACAAUUGGAGGGAAUAUGGCACACGGCGAUCGUCGCCUACGGGCGGGAGUAUUUCUUCGGCCCCCAGGGAAUACAGAGCGUCAGACCGGGGGGCACCGAGCUACAGGAGCCACUGAGGAUCGAGAAGAUCGGCCAGACGUACCUGCCCUACUCCGUGUUCUGGGAGUACAUCAACGGACUGGGCACCACCAAAUUCGCGCCCGGCACGUACAAUCUGCUCCGGCACAACUGCAACAACUUCACCGACGAGGUCAGUAGUUUCCUCGUGGGCACCGGCAUACCCAAGUACAUAUUGGACCUGCCCGAGGAGAUCAUACAGACGCCCGUCGGGCAAGCCCUCCUUCCAUUAAUAGAAAACUUGAGCAAGGGUGCCACCGCCGGCUUCAACUCCGGCCAGAGAUUCGUCGAGGCGAGAAUAAGCAGGGAAGAGUCGCCGACUUUUCAUGUUGUCCCUUGCAGGCUCAACUCGAUCAUCUUGGACGAGAAGCGCAGCGUGUUGAACGCGAAGAUCGCCAAGAGGAAGCAGAGGAAGGUCAAAAAGGAGAAGAAAAAGAAAGACAGGCAGAGCAGGGAGAACGGGAGCGAGAGCAACUCGGGGCUGAGCAACUGCACGGACAUGGCCGAGAACGGCGAAACCGUAGCUACGGAGAAGCCGGUCAAGUCGAAAAAAUCGUCGGGCCAUCAGCAGCAGGCCGACGGCUUCAACGGGGAGGCGGCGUCGGGCUCGGAGCCCCGGAGGGUGGCCUCGCCCGACGAGAUAGCCCGGGAGAUCGACGAGACGGACGAGGAGGAGAGGCGCAGGGCCGAGGAGGCGCGCAAGAGGCGCGAGCCGCCGAUCGUUUUCAAAGACCUGCCCGACGCGGCCGAGGAGCUCCAGCUGCUCAGGGACUUGCUCGGCGGCAAACUGACCGAGGACGAGGAGAAGAGCAUCGACGAGCUCUACGAGUACCUGCUCAAGGACGAGGGCUCCUGGGCCCUGGGCGACAACUUUCUCACUUUUGUUGGAAGGAUCUUUCGGGAUGGGGAUCUCGAUGCGAAAGCUCGGAUCUGCUUGGCCAACAUAUUGUGCAUCGCUGCGCUGAAAGACGACGUUAUCCUGCUGCUGCACCAGGACAGGAGGGAGCACUCUAUCAUGAACUUUGCGUACGACAUCGACCGGCAUCCCAUCGAGGAGCAGCUACCGCUGGCUCAGUUUAUCGCCAACCUGUUUGAGAAUCUCUCGAGCUCGGAGUGGCUGAUGUACAUAUCCGAGUGGCAGCACCAGAACCAGAGCAUCAGCAAUAUCCGGGUGACGACGAAGGUGGCCGUGCACGCGCUGCUCUCGGACUCGGAGGAGCUGCAAGCUCGGGGCGCUGCCAUCAUCCACAACCUGUGUACCAAGGAGGUAAAGACUGUGGUAUUCGACGACGUGGCCGUGGAACUGACGAUGGCCCUGCUCCAGUUCUUCAAUGGCAAUCCCGAGGAGAAGCACCUGUACGCUUGCAUGAAGUCGCUCGAGCGUCUCACCGAGAUCAGCCGCCAGGAGGUGCCGCAGCUCAUACACAUGAUCGGGCCCGAGCCGUCGAAAUUCAAAGGCAAGUCCGACCGGAUCGACGGUCUCAUCGACGACAUCGGCAAGAGGCUCAACGUGCACUAGGAGCCAGAGGGACAUACACACCCUUGGUCCCGAGUCUCCCUCAUCUGUAAUACGUAGACGAUAGUUAUACGUUAGGCUGUACAUCUUAUCUCUUCGUUAUGCCAAAGACCGGCUCUCUUUGGUUUUUUUUCUGUCUCUAUGACAUUUUUUUUUUUUUUUUUUUUCCAUCACUCAUGAGGUGUGCUCGUGCGAGCUGUGAAACUGCGUUUCAUUUUCCAACACCCCCCUCCCCCCAACACAUUUAAUUUCGAUAAAAGUAAGCACAAUUUUCUUUUUCGCCACAGCUCAAGUUUUUAUACGUUAAAAAAAAAAAAAAAAAAACUCGCACGAUGCUGUUUUUAUAUCAUGAUUGUAUUUCUCAUUGCGUUGGCGUACUAUUUUUAUCGUUUCACGAAUCUAGAUGAUAUAUUAUAAUUUACUGGCUCACAAACAGGUGUAAUAACAUAGGGUAUAGUUAUAUUAUUAUUAAUUGUUACGUGUAAUUGUUGAUAAUUUAUUGUGUAAUUUUAUCAUUGACCAUUGAAACAUUAAAAUUUUAUACUAAUUUCCAUCCGAUUUUUCUCCUCACAAUUUUAAUUUCGAGACUCACGUGGGACAAACAGUACUUGGCUGGUCUCAGUCAAUCUGACGUGUACCAGUUGAAACGUGUACGUUGCAAGAACAGAAGAUAAUAGAAUUUUUGAGCGUGUCGACUUUGAGAGACGCUCGCGAGUGAAAACGAGUAAAGUCUAGGGAAAUAAAGAAAAAACAUGUAAUCCCUUCACACUCUGGCAUUGAAACUUUAUCUAACAGUAGAAGUUUGCAUUUUCCAAGGCGUCAACGAUAGUAAAUCAUAGUUUAAUUAAUCAUAUCGCAUAUCAGCCGUAGCCGUGCUAACUAUACCUUAUCGAUAAUUUGCAGACAUGAUCAAGAUACACGUGCAUUACUAUAAAUAUAUGUGUUGUCAAAUAAAAGUCGAGACUUGAACGAAAUUUUUUACGAAAGCACACGCGUAUUGCUUCUUUUUGUCAAUAAUUUUUUGGAAUACGAUGGAAAAUGAUACCACGGGAGUAAUAGAUGGUAUAUUGGUCGAGAAAAAAUUAUUUGCAAAUGGACUUUUUUUUUGUUUAUUUUAUAUGUUGUCAUGUAGCUGUUACAAAUAUAUAAUUUAUGUAACUUGAAGAAGACAAUUGAUAAAAAAAAAAAAUAAAAUGUAAUAGUCAUUCAGCAGUUUUUACUCGUUCGAUUGGUGCGGCAAAUAAUAUUUCGCGAUUAUAAUAAAAGCAAAGUGUAAAAUAACAAUAGCUGUACGUAAAAUAUGUUUGCAUUGUGUAAAAAUGUAUUAUAUAUAUAUACCACUUAAGGGGAAUAAAUUGUUCGAGAGGCGAGAGCUUUUGUGACGCACUUGAAUCGUUACUACAUACAUAUUAAAAAUAUACAUGAUUAUUUAAAUAAAGAGAGAACUUUUUAAAUAA